AUUCUCGGUUGGCUGCUCAUCGCUCUCAUCAUGUUGACGAACCUGCUGCUCACCUGUGUGGCUCGGUGCUGCUCACCUGUUAGCUACCUGCAGCUGCAGUUCUGGAAGGCGUACGUGCACGAGGAGAGCACUCUACUCGACUCCUAUACGGCUAAGCACGCCAAAGCGUUUGCUGAGAGAAACCUGAAGAGCUUCUUUGAAAAGACACCACCUGAAAAUGUCCUCACACCCUCCAACCGAGACUGGCAGAAGAUCUCCUCUCUCUACAGGUUCACCAGCAAAGAUACCUACUACAGCACUUUGCACCGAUAUGUGGAGAACUGCCAGGAGACUGACAGCGGCAUGAUGAGGAUGGCUUCAGUCAAGUCAAACGAGUCGUUAGAAGCUAACCCAGCUGUUCUUAAUUUUGUAGAUGAUGGGAGAAUGCCACUGUGAGUCACAUUAACCCACAUUAAACUGUAAAA